CAACUCUCUCCAAAAGAAAAAAAGAAGGAAAAUGGCACGGUUUCUGAAGGUGGCGGUGAUCGGAGCCGGUGUGUCGGGCCUGGCCACUGCCCGAGCCCUCAAAAGUGAAGGUUUUGAACAAGUUGUUGUUUUCGAAAAAUCAGACAAUCUUGGCGGCACGUGGGUUUACGAUCCUAAAAUCGAAUCCGAUCCAUUAAGUCUUGAUCCAAACAGAGAAAUUGUACAUGGUAGCUUAUACCUUUCGCUCUGCACUAAUCUCCCUAGGCAGCUUAUGGGGUUUUCCGAUUAUCCGUUCGUAACUAGAAAGUACGGUGAUUCGACGACUUUUCCUAGUCAUGAGGAGGUGCUCGAGUUUUUGAAUGAGUUUGUGGUUGAAUUUGGAUUGGCUGAGAUGAUAAGGUUCGAGACCGAGGUUGUAAGAGUCGACCGAGUUGACUCGAGGAACGAUCAAUGGGUUGUUGAGUCGAGAGCGAAUGAUUUGAGCUCGAACGAGAUCUUUGAUGCAGUAGUUGUUUGUAAUGGUCAUCAUACUCAACCGAAAUUGGCUGAUGUUCCAGGCUUAGAAAUAUGGCCUGGAAAACAGGUGCACAGUCACAAUUAUCGAGUCCCCGAGCCAUUUCGGGAUCAGAUUGUGGUGGUAAUUGGAAGUGGACCGAGCGCAAAAGAUAUUUCUCGGGAAAUUUCCAAAGUAGCCAAAGAAGUUCAUGUUUCUUCAAGAUCCCCGAACGUUGAAGUUUCCAAGUUGGAUUUUGCCGAUAAUAUGUGGCAACACUCGGAGAUCAAUCGUGUCGAUGGAAAUGGAGAAGUUAUGUUCGAGGAUGGUGCCUCUGUUUACGCAGAUAUCAUCUUCCACUGUACAGGGUUCAAAUACGAUUUCCCAUUCUUGAAAACCGAUGGAAUUGUGACGGUUGAUGACAACCGCGUGGGACCUCUUUACAAACACAUCUUCCCUCCAAAACUCGCCCCCGGCCUUUCCUUCGUCGGUCUUCCAUAUUUUGCGGCUCCCGUACUAGCUAUAUAUGAUUUACAAGCUAAGUGGAUAGCGCGUGUUUUAUCCGGAAAGACCUCUCUACCAUCCGAGGAGGAAAUGUUGGCCGAUACUCGAGAAUACUACCGGAAUAUGGUUGAGAAAGGAGUACCGAAACACCAUACUCAUAGCCUUGGUCAUGAGUUUGAUUAUGCGGAUUGGUUAGCGAGUCGAAUGGGAUUACAAGGAGUGGAUGAACGGACGAGAUCGAUACAAAAGAGUUACUAUAAAUUCCUCGUCAAGAAUCGUGGAUGGAGGAAUAGAGAGUGGGAAUUUAGUGAUGGAGUUCAAGAAGAAGAAGAAGUCAAUUAGAUUUGAUGAAAUUUGUUGUAAUAUUUAUCAGUCCUAUUAACCCGUGAUUUGAUUACUCUUUUAGUGCUUGAUUUAUUCACAUUUUGGUGAAAAUAUAUAUUGAAUUAAAUCAUGCCACUGUGAAUUAUCUUUGAUUAGGUUU